AUGCUCAUGGUAGUGAUUGAUGCCCGCAGCAAGUGGCCGGAGAUUUUUGUGAUGGAAAUCACUACUGCUGGAGAAACCGUUAGCACACUGCGCUCUCUGUCUGCCUGCAUGGGACUCCCUGACCUGAUUGUGUCAGACAAUGGUCCACAGUUCACGUCUGAAACCUUUAGGAGAUUUGCAACUGCGAACGGUAUAAAGCAUGUCACUGGUGCACCUUACCACCCAUCAACCAAUGGUCAGGCGGAACGAUUAGUACAGAGUUUCAAGAAAGGAGUAAAGGCUGACAAGUCCAGUAGAACCCUGCAUCACAAGCUUGAUAGGUUUCUGUUAGCUUAUUUAUCAGCGCCACAUGCCACUACUGAGCUUAGCCCUGCACAGCUUCUCUUGGGUCGGAAUGUUGAGACAAGGUUGGACCUGAUUAAGCCGGAUGUUACAAGGGAAAUCAACAAGACGUUGCUCCAGUCCUAUGACUGCACCUUGAAGUCUUUUGACCAAAACCAGAACGUAUGGGUCCACAACUACCGCAUAGUUCCUAAAUGGGUACGUGGGACUGUCGUUGAACAAACGGGUCCAGUCCUGUACAAAGUCAAGGUAAAUGACCAAACCUGGAAACGUCAUGUCGAGCAGCUACGGGAUAGCAACCUUUGCCCACCUGACGUGGAAACGAUUGAUGAUUGUGCUGUUCCGGAGGAGGUCGAAAAUGUCACGCCGCCUGGAGUUACGGAGACCGAGCGGAAGGAUGCACCACCUUUGGCUGUGACUCCCAUUGGGGAGUUUUCCUCUCCAGAACAACAAGGUCAUCAACUAGAUCCGAAACCUGAAUUGAUUACCACCUGUGCCGGUCAUUUGGUCAAACCACCUCUUAAAGGACUAUGUUUGCGGCUAGAGGGAACUGUACUGUUUCUUUGUCUGUGGUCACAGUACCAACAUGUUAUCUGA